CACACCAAACACUGCCUAAUUUUUUCAGUUCAAAGAGAGGGAGAGAGAAAUUGGCUCCAAUCUGACGUUUGCCCUAACUGCUGGUUCUACGUUUCCAACUACUCACCAGCACGCAAGCACACAGGCACACACAAGCACACAGCCACCUCCAGGGUCUAAGUUCACAACCAUGUCCUCCAAAUGGCGUGCCAUACAGCACCGCCAUCGUUACACUUACAAUACCGUCGUUUUCCCCUCUUCCUACACAGAGUCCCUGAACUCCCUCCCAUCACAAUUAUCCAGCUUAAAAUUCUUCUCCCAACUCAAAGAACUAGUCUCUCUGAACUCCACAUAUGCCCAACUCAACCACACUAAGGGCCUCGCUGCAGCAUUCGGGGACUUACUCACCAAUGGGGACGAAGCUACAGUCGCCCAAGCGGCGCCGUUUUACUUGGAGCUUCUUUUUCUGGAGAAUUCAUUGCCUUUGCAUAAAACCCUUGUCUCUGUUUUGGCCAAGGCUCGUACUUUUCAGGCUUUGAUCGGCCGAUGCUAUCGUAACCUUUGCGAAGACUAUGGUGGCGGCAAGGGGAAGCGAUUUUGUGUGUCCCGCUCGGCUUUAUCGGUGAUGGGUAUGCCCAAGUUGGGGUUUUUAGUUGAAAUUGUCGAAGAGUGCGCGGUUUUGAUUGCUUUGGAUACAGUUUCUAGCUUGAAUGGUCUGGUUUCGGAGACUAAAGGGUCUGCUCGGCCUUCGCCGAUUGUUAUAGAGCAAUGCCAAGAGGCUUUGUCUUGUUUGUACUAUUUGCUUCAGCGUUUCCCUUCUAAAUUCGAGGAAUUUAAUAGUUCUAGGAGUGGUUUUGAUGCUGGCCAUUCGAAUGUUUUGGAGAUGAGUGUGACUGUCGUUUUAAGCAUUUUGAAGUCGUUGGCGUUUUCGAGGGACUGUUAUGUGGCUGCUGGGGUGAGCUUUUGUGCAGCUUUGCAAGUGUGUCUCAGUCCUGAAGAGCUGGGCUUGUUUAUAUUUGAAGGUAUAUUUCACCCAACUGAUUAUAGUAGUUUGGAUGCUAAUUCUGAAAGUGAAAAAAGGAAUGCGUUAGCCAAAGUUCCUUAUAAAGGGGAUAUAUACACUGAAAUAUGUAAUUUAUCUGACUUGAGUAGACUUUGCUUGAUCAGAGGGAUUCUUACAGCGGUUUCAAGAGCUGUGCUUAAUUCCCAUUUUGAUAUGUCAAGGGGUUAUUCGAAUGGUUAUGAGGUUCAUACAAAUGGUGGCAACUGUGUUAAGACCAUACUGUAUGAUGGAAUUUUACCUGAGUUAUGCAACUAUUGCGAGAACCCUACCGAUAGCCAUUUUAACUUUCACACUUUAACUGUGUUGCAGAUUUGUUUGCAACAAAUAAAAACCUCAAUGUUAGCUAAUCUUACCAUCCCAUCCGAGCAUUAUGAUCCCAUCCCGGUGGAAAUGGGAACCCGGAUAUUGAGAAUUGUAUGGAAUAAUUUGGAAGAUCCUUUAAGUCAAACAGUCAAACAAGUUCACCUCAUUUUUGAUCUUUUCCUAGACAUUCGAUCCACUCUUCAUUGGUCAGAAGGUAGUGAGAGAAUAAGGUCAUUCUUGCAAAAUAUUGCUUCAGAUCUUCUCCGUCUGGGACCUCGCUGCAAGGGGAGAUAUGUUCCUUUAGUUUCACUGACCAAAAGAUUGGGUGCAAAAACUAUGCUGGAUAUGAGUCCUAACUUGCUGUUUGAGACUGUACAUGCAUACAUUGAUGAUGAUGUGUGCUGUGCUGUCACAUCAUUUUUGAAGUGUUUACUUGAGGACUUGCGUAAUGAGUGUUGGAGUAGUGAUGGUAUUGAAGGUGGUUAUGUACUUUACAGGGAGCAAUGUUUGCCUCCAUUUUUGUAUGGACUUGCUUCUGGGGUUUCAAAGCUCCGCUCUAAUUUGAACACUUAUGCUCUGCCAAUUUUACUUGAAGUGGAUGAGGACAGCAUAUUUGCUAUGCUCUCUUUUAUUUCGGUUGGUCCAAGCAAGGGCGAAAAUCAACUGUUAUAUCCGGAGCUCUGUCGUGGAAACAUGGAACUGAGAGUUGAACAGAAAGUGGCCAUCCUAGUAUCAUUGCUCAAGGUAUCUCGUCUUCUUGCGUUGCUUGAAGGGGACAUUGAUUGGUGCAAUGAUUCUGCAGUACAUGAGCAAUUUGGUGGGCUGGAAACAGAUUUCCCUGAUCGAUAUGCUCUUGUUUCUAUCAAAGGGAUAAAGGUUGAAGUUGUUGUCGAGUGGCUAGUGCUGGCAUUGACCCAUGUUGAUGAUUCAUUACGUGCGGAUGCUGCAGAGACACUUUUCUUGAAUCCCAAGACAGCUAGUUUGCCUUCCCAUUUAGAACUCAUGUUAUUGAAGGAAGCAGUGCCAUUGAACAUGAGGUGUUGCUCUACAGCUUUCCAAAUGAAGUGGAGUAGCUUGUUUAGGAAGUUCUUUUCUCGGGUUCGAACAGCCCUGGAGAGACAAUUCAAGCAGGGAAUUUGGGAACCUCUUGAGCAUAACAACAGCAAUGAAAUGCAUCUUUCAAGUAGAAGUAAGCAAACUGAAGCUAACAGAGCAAGUGAUCUUUUUCAUUUCAUGAGGUGGUUAAGUUCAUUUCUAUUUUUCUCAUGCUAUCCUUCUGCCCCUUAUAAGAGAAAAAUAAUGGCCAUGGAGCUCAUUCUAAUAAUGCUUAAUGUUUGGUCCAUUGUGCCUGCUACUCAAGAAAAAAUCAGUUCUUUGUCUUUGGAAGACCGUCUCUAUCCCUAUAAUAAAGGAAUCACUUUACCUGAUUCAACUUUGUUGUUAGUUGGAUCCAUAAUUGAUAGUUGGGACAGGCUCAGAGAGAGUUCUUUUCGCAUACUGUUACAUUUUCCCACCCCACUUCCUGGAAUUUCAGAUGAAUAUAUGGUCCAGAACGUGAUUUUAUGGGCUAAGAAAUUAGUUUGCAGUCCACGAGUGAGAGAAACUGAUGCUGGAGCUUUGAAUUUAAGGCUGAUUUUCAGGAAGUAUGUCUUACAGCUAGGAUGGACAGUCCGAGCUUCAGUUGAUGUAGCUUGCCUUCGUUCACAGUCAGGCUUGGAAAACGGAGAUUAUCAGACUUAUAAUUCUAGAUAUCCUGCGAUGGAGUAUAUAAGAUCACUGAUUGAUUGGUUGGAUGUUUCCAUAGUGGAAGGGGAGAGGGAUCUUUCUGAAGCAUGUCAGAAUAGCUUUGUUCAUGGGGUAUUACUCACACUACGAUAUGCUUUUGAGGAACUGGACUUCAACUCUGACGUAGUACUGUCUAGUAUCUCAGAGAUGAGACAUUCAUUAGAGAAGCUCUUGGAGCUUGUGAUGCGAAUAACUUCUUUGGCACUCUGGGUGGUUUCUGCAGAUGCUUGGCAUCUCCCUGAAGACAUGGAUGGGAUGGUUGAUGAUGAUGAUUCCUUCUUAUCAGAGGUUCCAGAUGAGGUGGAAGUGAAAGCAUCUCUAUUGGAGCAUGAAGACAGAAACUCCAAACUUGUGCAGAAUAACAGGCGAUCAGAACAGAGUGUAAUGGUUGGCUGCUGGCUUGCGAUGAAAGAGGUGAGUCUUCUUUUGGGAACUAUCAUAAGAAAGAUUCCUUUACCAAGUAGCCCUUGCUCAGAAUCAUUAAAUUCAGAAGGCACCUCUUCUUGUGCUUCCGAUGUUUCAGUUAUGAUAGCUUCUGAUGCAAUGCUUGAUCUAACAACUUGAAGCGGAUUUACAGCUCUUUGCAACCGCUUACUUUGUUCAAAUGAUCCUCGACUUUGUAAAUUAACAGAAUCGUGGAUGGAGCAACUUAUGGACAGAACUGUUGCCAAGGGUCAAACAGUGGAUGACUUGUUAAGGAGAAGUGCAGGUAUUCCUGCAGCAUUUAUAGCUCUAUUUCUCUCAGAGCCAGAAGGUGCACCUAAGAAACUUCUCCCACGGGCCUUACGGUGGCUCAUAGAUGUUGCUAAAGCAUCAUUUGUGGAUCCAGUUGAAACCAACAGCUCUAAUUGCGCCUCAAGUAAAGUAUCUUCGAUAAAGUCAGACAAAAGUUUUGAGUCUGUGGUGUCGUCGGAUAUACAUAUAAGUGACAAGGUUUCGAAGAUCCGUGAUGAGGGUGUCAUUCCUACUGUACAUGCAUUCAAUGUACUCAAAGCCGCUUUCAAUGACACCAACCUGGCUACUGAUACAUCAGGUUUUUCUGCUGAGGCUAUGAUUGUUUCAAUUCGCUCCUUUUCUUCUCCCUACUGGGAGGUUCGGAACAGUGCUUGUCUGGCAUACACUGCUUUGGUGCGUCGCACGAUUGGAUUCCUCAAUGUCCAGAAACGAGAGUCCGCAAGGCGUGCACUAACUGGGGUUGAAUUUUUUCAUCGGUAUCCCUUACUGCAUCCAUUUCUAUUCAAGGAACUGAAAGUUGCUACUGAGUUGCUUGGGGAUGGGGUAUCUGGACAAUCUAAAUCCAACCUGGAAAAUGCUGUGCACCCAAGCUUGUGCCCUGUCUUGAUUCUGUUAUCCAGGCUGAAGCCCUCAACAAUCGCAAGUGAGACUGGAGAUGACCUGGAUCCUUUUCUGUACAUGCCAUUCAUUAGAAGGUGCUCAACCCAAAGCAAUUUAAGAGUCCGUGUUCUUGCAUCUAGAGCUUUAACAGGCCUUGUAUCAAAUGAGAAAUUGCCAACUGUUCUCCUCAAUAUAGUAUCUGAGUUGCCUAGAAUAGAUAACCAAGACACAGUGACUCCUGAGUCGUCCCUAUUAUUUCACAAUACCAAAAGACGACACCAGAGUUCAUAUAAUUGGAUUCAUGGAGUUCUAUUGCAGUUAAGUUCUCUCUUGGAUACAAACUGUAGAAAUCUGGCUGAUUUCUCAAAGAAAGAUCAGAUUCUAGGUGACUUAUUUCAAGAUCUUUUACCGCAUUCAUGGAUUGCAAAGCCCAGAUGGUGCCCUUGUCCAAUCCUCAAUGCUUCUUUCUUAAAGCUGCUGGAUCACAUGCUCAGUAUUUCAAGGACGUGCCAUAUGAGCAAAAAUUUCUAUGCUUUCCGCAACCUACUUUUGGAGUUAUCUACAGAAUGCUUAGAUGUAGAAGCUUCUGAGGGGCACUCAUAUUAUGAUCCAACAAUGGCAGAACUCCGCCGACAAGCAGCAGUAUCCUAUUUCAGUUGCGUGUUUCAGGCGUCUGAGAAAAUGGCUGAAGAGGCUUUUAAGAUGCCUCAGAGGCGUUCUCAGAUUAAUUCAAGAUUUUUGAAGAUACCUGAAAUGGAAAAUGCUUUUGUGGGACUCCAGGAAAGGCUGGUACUUUCUCUGUCAGAUUCAGAAUAUGAAGUUCGACUUGCAACAUUGAAGUGGCUGCUGAAAUUCCUAACAUCAACAGAAUCUGGUAGUGAGUCCGAUGAUUAUAGCAGUGAGAUUAGGAUUAUUCAGCACUGGAACAGAACUAACCUCCAAACUACAUUGGUUAAUCUCUUAGAUGUGGAGAAGAACCACAGAUGCUCAUAUUACAUUCUGAGGAUUCUGUUCACUUGGAAUGCACUGCAGUUUCAGAAGCCUAGGGAUGAAAAGUGCACUGAAACAAUUUACAUUGGUGGUAUGGAAUAUGAUUCUGUGUUUCUGCUUUGGGACAAGUUGAUUUCCUUGUACAAGCUCACAAGACAUGCAAAAGCUCGAGAAACACUCAUCUGCUGCAUGGGAAUCUGCGUAAAGAGGUUUGCAGGUUUAUUUACAACAUCUGUUCUUUCUGAUGUAAGGAUGAGGAGAUUAACUGACAACAGUGAGUCUGAUCAGUUAGAAAAGUUGACACAACUUUAUAGCACAAUUUCCUUUUUCACGAGCGUAAUUAAGAAACAUAGUGCUUCCUCUGAGCCAGUAAACAUGCGCAAGGCGGCAGCAGAGUCUAUCAUAGCAUGUGGUUUGCUAGAGCAAGCUGAGCUUAUUGGUUCUACUUUGUCCAAUAACCAAAUCCCUUCUGAAAAUCCGUGCUCUUAUUUUGAACCCAAAGAAGCUGUUAAUAUUUACGCUCGUCAAAUACUAGAUAUAUGGUUCGCAUGCAUCCAGCUGUUGGAGGAUGAGGAUGAUGGGAUUAGAGAAAGGCUUGCCAUGGGUAUUCAGGGGUGUUUUACUUACAAAAGAUCUGGAAGCUCCCAUAGUGGAGUAGUUCCAACUCAAGUGGAGAAAGUGAUAGGAUCUUGUUUUGAGCAUCUAUCUUCCAUCUUUGGUCACUGGAUUGGGUAUUUGGAUUGUCUUUUACGCUGGAUGCUGAAUGCAUCGAAUUAUGAGGUGGCCAAAGGAGAUCUUGUGAGACAGGUAUUUGAUAAGGAAAUUGACAAUCAUCAUGAGGAAAAGUUGUUUAUCUGUCAAAUUUGUUGUUCUCAAAUGGAGAAGCUUCCAAUUUCAAAAUCUUGGGCUGUUGACUUUCUGAACAAACAACAGUUUAGGGACUAUUUACAUGAUUGGAGACUCAGAUUUUCCAGCCAGUUGAUGUCAUUUGCCAAGGACCGCAUUGGGCAACUAGGCGGGGCCGAUUGGGUCGGUGGAGCAGGCAACCAUAAGGAUGCAUUUCUGCCUGUGUAUGUCAAUUUGCUUGCCUUUCAUGCUGUCUCAAGUUGCAUAUUCAGUGGGAAAAUUGAUGAUGACACGCAUCUGCUCUCUGAUGUUGCUGAACUCUCUAGAGCUAUAAAUCCAUUUCUUAGGAACCCUCUGAUUUCUAACCUGUAUUUGUUGGUAGUUAAAUCUCAUGAGGAUGCUAUUGGUUCGACCAGUGAUGGCAUGAUCCCUAAAUUGGGAGAGGAUGCAAUAUGGGAUGGAUUCAAUCCCCAUUUUCUUCUUAGUUAA